UCAUUUUGAAGCUGUCUUUUUUAUUAUAAAUACACACAAACUUAUCUCUCUUUCUCUCUCUCUCUUCUAGAAUCUGUAUAUACCGUCCCCUCCCUUUUCCCUACUUUAGGGUUUCAUCCGUACACUUGUUUCCUUCACCGGUGCUCUUCCCCACUCUAGGGUUUUACUCGCACUCCUCAAUUUCUCUCCGAUGGCGGCGGAGAAGCUUAGGGAUUUAAGUCAACCGAUUGAUGUUGCUCUGCUUGAUGCCACCGUUGCUGCCUUCUAUGGCACCGGAUCUAAAGAUGAGAGGACUGCUGCUGAUCAUAUAUUGCGGGAGUUACAAAACAAUCCCGAUAUGUGGCUACAAGUGGUUCACAUUCUGUCCAAUACACAGAGCUUAAACACCAAGUUUUUUGCUUUACAGGUUCUUGAGGGUGUUAUCAAAUAUAGAUGGAAUGUAUUGCCUGUUGAACAACGGGACGGAAUGAAAAACUACAUAUCUGAUGUUAUUGUGAAGCUUUCAAGUAACGAGGUUUCUUUUCGGCAAGAAAGGUUGUAUGUUAACAAACUUAACAUAAUACUAGUUCAGAUUUUGAAACACGAGUGGCCUGCCAGGUGGCGAAGCUUUAUCCCUGACCUGGUUACUGCAGCAAAAACUAGUGAAACAUUAUGUGAGAACUGUAUGGUGAUACUGAAACUUCUAAGUGAAGAGGUAUUCGAUUUCUCCAGGGGUGAAAUGACCCAACAGAAGAUCAAGGAGCUUAAGCAAUCUCUGAACAGUGAGUUUCAACUCAUACAUGAGUUAUGCUUAUAUGUUCUAUCGGCAUCUCAAAGAACAGAGCUAAUCAGGGCUACACUGGCCACAUUACAUGCUUUUCUUUCAUGGAUUCCUUUGGGCUAUAUAUUUGAAUCUCCACUGCUGGAGACACUACUUAAAUUUUUUCCUGUGCCAUCAUACCGUAAUCUGACCCUUCAGUGCUUGACAGAGGUUGCAGCCUUGAAUUUUGGGGAUUUUUACAACCUGCAAUAUGCUAAAAUGUAUACCAUCUUUAUGGUUCAGUUGCAGACGGUUCUUCCAGUUAGCACAAAUAUACCAGAUGCAUAUGGAAAUGGCUCUAGUGAGGAGCAGGCGUUUAUUCAGAAUCUGGCUUUGUUUUUCACUUCAUUUUACAAGUUUCAUAUUCGCAUUCUCGAAUCCUCACAAGAGAACAUUGCUGCACUUUUGAUGGGUCUUGAGUAUCUCUUGAACAUAUCUUAUGUGGAUGAUACAGAAGUGUUUAAGGUUUGUUUGGAUUAUUGGAAUUUAUUGGUGUUAGAGCUUUUUGAGGCAAACCACAAUCUUGAUAAUCCUGCAGCAACUGCAAACAUGAUGGGACUGCAGACUCAGAUGAUUCCUGGUAUCGUUGAUGGUCAUGGUACACAAUUGAUGCAAAGACGCCAGCUCUAUUCUGCACCAAUGUCAAAAUUAAGACUGCUUAUGAUAUCUCGCAUGGCGAAACCUGAAGAAGUUCUAAUUGUUGAAGACGAAAAUGGGAAUAUCGUCCGUGAAACGUUGAAAGACAAUGAUGUUCUUGUUCAAUAUAAGAUAAUGAGAGAAACACUUAUUUACUUGUGCCAUCUUGAUCAUAAUGACACUGAAAAGCAGAUGCUUAAGAAACUAAGCAAACAACUAAAUGGCGAGGAUUGGACGUGGAACAACUUGAACACGUUAUGUUGGGCAAUAGGAUCGAUAUCUGGGUCCAUGAUGGAAGAACAGGAGAAUAGAUUUCUCGUUAUGGUUAUUCGUGAUCUAUUAAAUCUCUGUGAAAUUACAAAAGGAAAGGACAACAAAGCUGUUAUUGCAAGUAAUAUCAUGUAUGUUGUUGGACAAUAUCCAAGAUUUCUAAGAGCCCAUUGGAAGUUCUUGAAAACUGUUGUCAACAAAUUGUUUGAGUUCAUGCACGAAACACACCCUGGGGUUCAGGAUAUGGCAUGCGACACAUUUUUGAAAAUUGUUCAGAAAUGCAAGCGCAAGUUCGUCAUAUUGCAGGUUGGGGAGAGUGAGCCUUUUGUCUCAGAACUGCUUACCACUCUCCCAACAACCAUUAUAGACCUUGAGCCACAUCAGAUACAUACAUUCUACGAAUCUGUUGGUUGUAUGAUUCAGGCGGAAACCGAGGCAGCAAAACGGGAGGAAUAUCUGCAGAGGUUGAUGAAUCUUCCUAAUCUGAGAUGGACUGAGAUUAUUGGACAAGCACGCAGUAGUGUGGAUUACUUAAAGGAUCAGGAUGUGGUUAGAGCCGUGCUUAAUAUAUUGCAGACAAAUACAAGUGCUGCUAGUGCACUCGGGACACAUUUUUUGUCGCAAAUAACCCUCAUCUUUUUGGACAUGCUUAAUGUUUACAAAAUGUACAGUGAGCUUAUAUCAUCAACCAUUGCCGAAGGUGGGCCCUAUGCAUCUAGGACUUCUUAUGUAAAACUUCUGAGAUCUGUAAAGAAGGAAACGCUGAAGCUGAUUGAGACGUUUCUAGACAAGGCUGAAGAUCAACCACAAAUAGGAAAGCAAUUUGUGCCCCCGAUGAUGGAUCCAGUGCUUGGUGAUUAUGCUAGGAACGUGCCUGAUGCGCGAGAGUCUGAAGUUUUGUCUCUCUUUGCCACAAUCAUUAACAAGUAUAAGGCUGCGAUGAUAGAUGAUGUUCCUCGUAUAUUUGAAGCUGUUUUCCAGUGCACCUUGGAGAUGAUUACGAAGAAUUUUGAAGACUACCCGGAACACCGGCUCAAGUUUUUCUCAUUGCUUCAGGCCAUUGCUACUCAUUGUUUCGGAGCUUUAAUACUUUUGUCACCCGAGCAACUAAAGCUUGUUAUGGAUUCUGUCAUGUGGGCUUUCCGACACACCGAGAGAAACAUUGCUGAAACCGGGCUUAAUUUAUUAUUAGAGAUGCUUAAAAAUUUUCAGACUUCUGAAUUCCGUAAUCAGUUCUACCGAUCUUACUUCGUGCUGAUUGUGCAAGAAAUAUUUGCUGUCUUAACUGACACUUUCCAUAAACCUGGUUUCAAGCUGCAUGUUUUAGUGCUACAGCACUUAUUCUGCCUCGUGGAAUCUGGUGCAUUGACCGAACCUUUAUGGGAUGCCUCCACUGUUUCAUAUUCUUACCCUAAUAAUGGGGCUUUUGUUCGAGAGUAUACAAUCAAGCUUCUGUGUGGUUCUUUCCCCAAUAUUCCAGCAUCGGAGGUAACGAGGUUUGUUAAUGGACUGUUUGAGUCGAGAGCUGAUCUUUCUACUUUCAAGAACCACAUAAGGGAUUUCCUUGUGCAGUCUAAAGAAUUUGCAACACAAGAUAACAAGGAUUUGUAUGCAGAAGAAGCAGCUGCUCAGAAAGAAAAAGAGCGACAACGGAUGCUUAGCAUUCCUGGACUAAUUGCACCCAAUGAAAUACAAGAUGAGAUGGUUGACUCGUAAAGAUGAGGAUGAUAAUCGGCUUGGCGAUUUUGAAGCUAAAGUUGUUUUUUGGGAUACAAAACAAACUGGCAUUGGAGGAUAUCUUUUAAGUGUGUGUGUGGGUGGGUGGGUGUAGAGUAAUCAUAGAUUUUAAUGUAGGAAGGUAGUGACUGUUUGUGUGGUUCAUCUUUUGACUUUGUAAAUUGUUGAUGACAGAGUUUGUUGGCAACUCUUCUCUUCUUUUCU